AUAUAGGAUCAAUUACGAACACCCGUAGGCUCACGGCGGAGAUAUCUUGCACAGCCAUGGCCAAAAACACCACCACGGAGAGCCACCCUGAGCCUACGUACCGCCCUUAUGGCCUCAAGAAGAUUCUCACUAACCACACACGCGCCGUCUCUAGCGUUAAAUUCUCCAACAAUGGCAAGCUAUUCGCCUCCGCCUCCCUCGACAAAACCCUAAUAGUCUAUUCCACGGAAACCCUAACUCAAAUAUCCCACUUAAUUGGCCACUCCGAGGGCGUCUCUGAUCUUGCCUGGUCCUCCGACUCCACGUACAUCUGCUCCGCUUCCGACGAUCGGACCCUCCGCAUCUGGGACGCCCGCGCCGGCGAGUGCGUGAAGACGCUUAAGGGCCAUACGGAUUUCGUCUUCUGUGUCAACUUCAACCCGCAGUCGAACUUGAUUGUUUCUGGUUCGUUUGACGAUACGAUCAGAGUUUGGGAUGUGAAGACGGGAAAGGCGGUGCACGUGAUCCGAGCGCACACGAUGCCGGUGACGUCUGUGCAUUUCAACAGGGAUGGUUCCUUAAUUGUUUCGGGGAGUCAUGAUGGAUCGUGUAAGAUUUGGGAUACGGCUAGUGGGGCGUUGCUGAAGACGCUGAUCGAUGAUAAGGUGCCUGCGGUUUCGUUUGCUAAGUUUUCACCUAACGGGAAGUUUAUACUAGUUGCCACUCUCGAUGACACUCUUAAGCUAUGGAACUAUUCAGCUGGGAAGUCCUUGAAGAUAUACUCUGGUCAUGUGAACAGAGUAUACUGCAUAACACCAACAUUUCUUGUAACGGGUGAGAAAUACAUUGUCAGUGGAUCAGAGGAUCAUUGUGUCUACCUGUGGGAUUUACAGGGUAAAAAUUUGGUUCAGAAACUCGAAGGGCACACUGAUACUGUUGUCUCUGUAACAUGUCACCCCAAGGAAAAUAUGAUUGUAUCUGCAGGACUGGACAAUGAUAGGACAGUGAGGGUCUGGGUUCAAGAUUGAUUUCUAUGUGGAGGUAGUGAGCGGGUUGGUUGCUCUCCUUGAUCUGUGGAUUUUUGAGUUGGCGCUGUGGAAAGCUUCUUGGAGUUGACGAGGGGAUUUAGACAGCUCAUUCCUCCAAAUUCAGGUGCAACGCCGCACUUGAUGGUUCAGAAUAUGAAGACAUUAGACACAUUAUAGUAAAUUAAUGAGGUAAAAGUUAGAAACACUGCCUGGGAUCUGAUGAAGUUGCCACCUCCUCGCCAUGUUGUGGAAAUUGAUAUACUUAGCACUUAGUUAACUGUUCUGGAAGUCAUGGCAUUUAGUUGAUAAAGAAAAAAGCGAGUUUGAUGUAAAGAAGGGUCAUUAUUGAAAAUGCUUUAGAGCUGCUGUUUAUGCAGUUUUUAGUCUUUCCACUGAAUUCACUUUAUGUUGCUUCCAUAUCUGUAAGAGAUAACAGAGUUAGAGGAGACAAGGAAGAAAAUUGAUGCCGAUGUUGCAAGUGUAUAUAUUUUGUCAGUUUCAGCUA